CGCAUGCAAUAAAAAAAUAGCAGAUAAGUGUAAACAAAAAUUAGCCGUUUCCAAUAUUUAUUUAUGUAUAAACAAUUAGGAUUAGUGGAAGAUCAACAACAUAAAAACAAAACAGGGAGGAAGCACGAAAAUACUGCAAAUGAAGUUGAAUGAAGUAGUGGCCAACAGUUGUCGGGUGUGCUUGAAGCGUACACCUAAACUACGUUCUCUAUAUAAUCCACUGGACGAAGGUGAAGAACCACCAAAUGAGAUGUUGCGCCUGAUUGCAGGAGUUGAGCUGGAAGCGGCUGAUGUCUAUGAAACACUGCCAAAAUGCAUCUGCAAGAACUGUGAGUUGUCGCUCAGCAUGGCCUAUCAGUUUCGUAAUAAAGUGCUGCGCACCCAUCAAAUCCUUGAAACUUUACGCAAACAACUUUGGCCAACUAAAGAAGCAGAGGCGCAAACAAACAAAGCCACAUCAGCUGAUGUGAAAUUAGAAUUGGAAGAUUGGGGCAGUGAUCACUCUAACGAUGAGGUUUAUAUAAAUGAGGAAAAUUUACAGGAUAAUAGAGAAUUGAAAGUGGAAGUGCUAGAGUUAUCAUUGUCUGACAUUGAAGAAAUAGAUAUGGAAGAUGAACAAUUGGAGGUCCAAUUAGAUGAAGACGAAGAAACUAACGAAGAGUGUAAACCGGAAUAUUUGGAGGAAGCCGAUUACUAUAAUGACAUGGAAGCGACUAGCACGCAAACAUCGCAGGCGACAUCACCAGAGUUAGAAGAGAAAGAUAACUCAUUCAUUUAUGAUGAUGACGUGAAUGUUGUUUUAGAUGACGACAAUGUUAAUGAAGUACCCAGUAAAAAACAAAAAGUAGCAGCUACAAAAAGUGAGUCCGUUGAGAAUGUAAUGCAAGCUGCAAAAAAGGCUAAGCCCAACAACAAAGAGAAACCAGAAAAGGCUCAAACGCGUAAGUCUAACGUCAAUGCAGCACACAUUUGUGAUAUUUGCGGGAAUAUCUAUGCAAAGCGGGGACGAAUGAUGGAGCACAGACGGCGGCAUGACAAAGAAUUGCGUUUCGCUUGCGAGCUCUGUGAUAAACGAUUUCACCUGCGAGAGAAACUGCGCAAACAUAUGUUUCUACAUACUGGCGGCAAACCAUAUAAGUGUUCAUUCUGUAGUAGAACAUUUUUCUAUGAAAGUGUGAAGAAGGCGCAUGAAGCUGUGCAUAACGGCGUCAAGCCAUACGUUUGCGAUGAGUGCAAUAAAGCUUUCGCAUAUGCCCAUGCGCUCAGUAAACACAAACUUAUACACGCCGACAUCAAGCUGUACCACUGUGAGUACUGCAGUAAGGACUUUCGUCUGCAGCAUCACAUGAAACAGCAUGUUGAAACGAAGCUGCACCAAAAUGCCGUACGCGUUGCACAGAUGUCACUCGCCGAGGCACAAUCAAUGGACGAUCCUUCACUUAUGCACACACCAACAUCCGCGAGCUGA